AUGGAGGAAUAUACGAUCAAGCAGGUCGCUGAGCACAACAGCCCUGAGGAUGCAUGGCUAAUCAUCCAUGGCCAAGUCUACGAUGUCACAAAAUAUCUCGCAGAUCAUCCUGGCGGUGCCGAUGUCCUCACAGAAGCAGCCGGUACAGACGCCAGUGAAGACUUUGACAACGCUGGACACUCCGAAGAUGCCUUCGAGAUCAUGAAAGACUGCUGCGUUGGCAAGAUUCAGGGUUUCGAGAAGAAGAAACCCAAGCUUAAACCACUUGCACCUGUGAAGGCAGUGAAGAUCCAGACUGGUGGAUCCUCAUCUGUCUCGGCGUUGGUCAACUUGGGCUUCAUUGUCUGCGCUGGUGCGGGAGCUUACUACUUUGGUCGCCGCCAAGGACUCACGGUACCAAACUGGCUGCUUUCAUCUCUACGCAGUGAUUCGGCAGGCUCAAGUUUCAUCAAGGGUAUCAUUGUCGGAGGUGGAUCCCUCGCAACCGCCAAUGCUGUUGCUGCACAACGAUUUACCACUAUGGCGAUGAAGAGCAAGCCUUUCACGAGCUAUCCUGCUCAUAUGAAGGUGCCCAAACGAGCUCAAGAAGAUACAUUGCUGCAACGAGGGCUUUUGGAUCCAGUCACCUACUCGCCACUUCCUCUCAAGCAAAAGACACUCAUUGCCCCAAAUGUUUACCGCUUGACGUUCAGCCUUCCGACAACGAGCACCAUUCUUGGCCUACCAAUCGGGCAGCAUGUCACCAUCAAAGCAGAGGUCGACGGUGAAAGCGUCGCACGAUCAUAUACACCGGUAUCCAACAAUGCCGACCUUGGCGUUCUGGAACUGGUCAUCAAGGCAUACCCAGACGGCAAGCUGACAAGCAAGUAUCUGGCAAAGCUCGAGGUUGGAGACGAGGUUCUUUUCAGAGGACCCAAGGGAGCGAUGAAGUAUCAACCAAACCUUUGCAAGAAGAUUGGCAUGAUCGCAGGUGGCACUGGUAUUACUCCGAUGUUCCAGGUCAUUCGUGCUAUCUGCGAGCAUGACCGUGACACAACAGAAGUCUCCCUUCUCUACGCCAACAGAACAGAACAGGAUAUUUUACUUCGGGAAGAGCUGGAUAGGUUUGCAAGGAGAUAUCCCAAGAACUUCAAGGUCUAUUACCUCUUGGAUCAGCCGCCAGCAAACUGGAAGUUUGGGUCUGGCUAUAUGACUCGUGAGUUAAUGAAGGAGAAGCUUCCAUCGCCGAGCGUGGAUUCAAAGGUGUUCCUUUGUGGUCCACCGGGGAUGGUGAACGCGUCGAAGAAGGCACUGGUUGACCUGGGUUUUGAACAACCCGGAGCAUCAGCUAAGAUCUCGGACCAGGUUUUUGCAUUUUAG